AUGGGAACGAAAAAGUUCCCAAUGGUGAGAGUUUGGAAAAUAUGUGCUCUAAGGGCUGUUGCGUAUUUCAAAGAUCAAUAUUUGGCGAAGGUGAAGAUUGCACUAGAGACGGCCGUGGAGCCCAAGAUACAUCUGGAGUCUGUGGCGGAGCCCAAGAUUACGCCAGAGCCCAUAGCGGUGGCAGAGUCGAAGAUUGCGCUAGAGCCCGUGCGUGAGCUGAAGAUCAAGCCAGAGCCAAUGGCGCAGCCGAAUAUCUAA